GUAAAAAGUGGAAGCUUGAGAGCAGCUGAAACUUUUCCAAGUGAUAGGUAUCUGGUCGAGUUAUCCUCAUCAAACUCUUCACAACUUGAUAAUUCAGUGGAAUCCUUGCAUGUCGAUGGCAUCUCUGGCAAGAAAGCUCAAAAUGAUGUGAUUCACUAUGAAGACAUAACCUUUCGAGACAUCCUUUUUGACUCGAGCUACCGAGGUGGAGGCAUUUCAAUUGCUGAUUCUGCUAGAAUCCGAAUCAAUAGCUGUUUCUUUCUCCACUUCACGACAGAAGGGAUUCUAGUCCAACGAGGCCAUGAAACCUUUAUCUCGAGUUGCUUUCUUGGACAACACUCCACAGUUGGUGGAGACAUAGGUGAGAAAGACUACUCAGGAACCGCCAUUGAUCUUGCUAGUAAUGACAAUGCAAUCACAGAUGUUGUAAUUUUCUCGGCAGCCAUUGGGAUUACACUUAGAGGCCAAGCUAAUAUGAUUACUGGAGUCCAUUGUUAUAACAAAGCGACAUCUUUUGGAGGCAUAGGCAUAUUGGUGAAACUAGCUGGGAAUUCACAAACUAGAAUUGAUAAUUGUUACUUGGAUUAUACAGGCAUAGUCAUGGAAGACCCAGUUCAAGUUCAUGUCACAAAUGGGUUAUUCUUAGGAGAUGCCAAUAUUGUGCUAAAGUCAAUUAAAGGUCAAGUCCUGGGGUUAAAUAUAAUGAAUAAUAUGUUUAGUGGGGAUCCCAAUAAGAAGGUUCCGAUUGUGAAUUUAGAUGGGCAAUUUGGUGAUAUUGAUCAAGUGGUGAUUGAUCAGAACAAUGUGAAUGGAAUGGGGUUGAGAUCAACGAUCGGGAAGUUAACAGUAGGGGGAAAUGGAACCAAAUGGAUUGCUGAUUUUUCAAGUGUGUUGGUAUUUCCUAAUCGGAUUAGUUUUUUUCAGUAUUCAUUUUAUGCUCAAGAGCCAAAAUUUGUGGCACAUUGUGUGACUAAUGUGUCAGAUAAUGUGAUGGUUGUAGAGACGAAUGAAGCAGUUAAAGGGUUGGUAUCUUUUAGUGUUGAGCAAUGA